AGACAAUCUAUGGAAGGCAUGUGUGACUCUUAAAAAUCUAAUUGGAGAAUUAGUUAACUAUUUCUCUGUUUGUGAAGAAGAAGUUAAUAAUACUCUGAUCAAUGAAGUUUUAAAACGACAAUUGUCAGAGUCCGCUUUUAUCGCUGAAGAGAAUUUAAAUAAGAGCAAUGACACUAUUUUAUCUGAAAUACCGCACAAGGAAUCAAACCAACGAAUCAAGAGAGUCCAUUUUGCUCCGCAAUCGUCCAAAAUAGCUUCCAUCGUUAACAGCGACAACAAAAUGUUGCAGAGUUUAGUUGAUGAAGACACAGACGAAAUAUUAAAAAAAGAGCUGAAAGCUUGUUUGAGACGCUUAAAGUCUGAUAGCACACAAGUCCUUAAUUUAUCAAUGUCUGAGGGAGAGGAUAAGAUUCCAUCGUCAAAUGAUGAUCUCUCAUCAAGCAAAAUUAAUGAAAUUAAUGAAGAGCUUUCUUUGAAACUGAAUCAUACUGAGGCUUUGAUUAUAAAUUACCAAGAAGAAGUAGAACAAUUGAAAGUACAUAUUUUGGAACUCCAGCGAAAGUUGAUUAACGCUGAAAGCAAAAAAGAAAUCAUUACGGAAGGAUAUGGUGAAAAUGAUCUUUCUAGGGGCGAUAUUGCGUUACAAGAUUUUUCGCAAGUGCAAGAAAAAGCUAGACAUGUAUUAUCUAAUGGUGGUGGUGAUAUAUCUUAUUUGCUGCAAUUAAUAGAAGAACUAUGCAGACAAAAUGAUAAACUAAUAGAUGAUGCUAGGAAAGAAAGGGAAGAUUUACAACAACAGAUUGAGGCAGCGGACAAGCAGUUACGAGCAACCCGUCGGUUCCUGGAUGAGCAAGCGAGUGAGCGUGAAAUGGAGCGAGAUGAAGCUACGAAGCAAAUUCGCUUUUUGCAAGAACAGCUCAAGGAACGCGAGCGCGAUAAAGAAAGAGAUAUGCGUAUUACUUCCGAGCAGUCUGAGCUAUCAUCUGAAAGAACAGACAUCCCUGAGCUUCAAACGACUGACAUCAAUGCAGCUGUGGAGGCUCUUGAAUCUCAGAUGAGAGAAAUGUCGUCAUUAAUGUCCGACACCGAGGCAAAGAAGUCGGAAAAGGAGAGUGAAUUGAAGGCUGCAGUGGAUAAAAUAUGGGUCUUGCGAGACCUCAUUGCUGACUUGGAGCAGCAGUUGCAAAUUAAAAUUGAAUUAGAAGAGUCCUUGCAAAUGCAGAUUAAACAAUUAGAAACCGUAAUAACUGCGCAAACGAAAAAUCAACAAGAAUUAGUUCAAGAGCUGGAUGCUAUCAAAUCUGGUAGUGAGAAUAGACAUCUAAACGAGCAAAUUAGUCAUUUACAAGAGGAAUUGAAUAAACACAAGUUAAGUUCAGAACACUUCAAUGUUAAUUCGUCUGUCUUGAAGCAAAUGAAAGCAGAAUUGCAUGAGAUGCAAAAUCAAUUAGAUAAGAGAAUUCGAGAGAUGGAAUCUGCGCAUAUGUGUGGUUCCAAUUUAAGUUUGAGCCAGCCGAGCGAAGAUGUAUCGAUCAGGGAGCAAAUCGAUGCGACUAGAUGUUUGACACCGGAUGAUCCGUCCUCACCACCGAUGCUACCGAUGGAUCAAGUACUCAAAUUGAAAGAUAAAAUGCUAAAGCACGCACGUGCGGAGGAAGUAGCAUUCAAGAGGAUCAAGGAUUUGGAAAUGCAGUUGACAACUAUGAAAAAUCAAAACGAGGAAUUAUUAACAGAACAAGAGAUCUUGCACCAGACUGCAUCCGAGCAGUUGUUCCAAAUUGAAACAAUGCGUGGUCGCUUGGAGCAACACAAACAGAGCGCACCUUUCGCUCAGAAGCAAGCGACGUCUCGUUUAGAGUUGCAAUUACAUGAAGCUAUCACGAAAUAUCAUUCUCUGGAACAAACUAUUAGUGAUAAAGAGAUAGAAUUGAAAGAGCUGAAAGCUCAACUUGAAAGGACUAAUCAGAUGUUGGCAGAGAAGGAAACAGAAAUGGAAAAUUUUGUUCAAUCAGAAAAUGGCGCACUACAAAAAAUCGAACGGCUAAAAGAUCAAUUAAAACUUGUUCAAGAGGAAAAGAAAAUGUUACAAAUGAAACUUGGAACGCAGGAGCAUACUCAGUUAGAAUUACCACAGCUAAUCGAUACUAUACUGGCUGAUAAGAACGAAGAGAUCGAUCAUCUAAAGGAGCAACUCUCUAAAAAGGAGAAACAAUUGAAUGUUUAUUCAUCACUCGCUUUGGAUGAUGUGCAGCUGCGAGAAGUGACAAAGCAAGCGGAGGCCAAAAACAGCGCGCGAACGUUAAGCGAUAUUCUCUCCAUUCAUUCAGAAUGUGAAGAAAUCCCUGAAGCUAUUCGAGCUCCUAACAUGACACUUACAAUAUCGCACAAUAUCUCUAGUUUCAAAGUUCCUACGUCUACGUUGAAAAAUACGUUACAGAUGAACAGUCUCAACACUUCAGAAACACCUUUGCUCGACAUGGAUAAGAUAGACACGCAAAUACCACCGUUAGAUUUGCAUUCCAAUACACAUAGUUACAGCAACGAGAAUGUCGGUCACUCGGGAAUAGAAUUGCAUCAUUCCGGAGAGGAAUCAAAAUUAUCGUCUCCCAAAAACAACGAUAUCAGUGAGGAUUCUCAGCAAGUCGAGGAAUUACUCAAUGAAAAAGUGAAGGAAAUUGAAAACUUAUCAAAUCAACUGCAAGUUCUACAACAAGAAUUAGAUUUAAAAUCUGACUUUUUGAACAAGUACGAGAUAGAAUUGGUUACUUUGCAGAAACAGUAUCAAAAUUUGCAGGAUGAGUUCAAGGAAACUGUCGAAAAUUUGGUGCGGGAUAAAAAUUUCUAUCGAGGACAAUAUGAGCUGGCCCAAGCGUCGGAAAGUAAAAUAAAGAAAGAUCUGGAAGAAGUAGAGAACAUUCUGAAACUGAAGUCGGAGGAGCUCGAAGAUCAAAAAGAUAGAAUGCAGGUGAAUGAAAGAAUCAUUACAGAAUUAAACGUAGAGAAUACGAAGUUGAAGAGAGAAAUUGAAGAUAGAGAAAAGGACCAAAUGAAAAGGAACAACUCUUUGCUGCAAGAUACGACACAAGAAUUGCAAAGAUUUAAGGAACUUGUCCUAGAUAAAGACAUCGCAUUGGAGACUCUUCAGACGCGCAAUAUUGAGAUCGAGAACGAGAACAAGCAACUAUACGAAUUUAAGACAAAGAUUCACGCGCGUGAGCGAGAAAUCGCCGAGUUGCAGGACGAGAUCCAACGAUUGACGGAUGGUUUGAAUAAUCGGGAUCAGGUCAUCCGUAAGUUGGAAGAGAUGGCGAGACGAAUGAAUGACGUUCAGUCAGGAACUUCCUCGCCGUCGUCUUCUAGCAACAAGGAUCAAGAGAUCCAUCAUUUGCAGGAGUUCCUGAAGGAAAAAGACAAGGUAAUUAGGCAGAUGAGCGAUGAUAGUAAGAGCUUACAUCGAGCACUGGAGACUAUUCAAAGCAAGAUGAAGGAAUCGGGUAAUAUUGUAGAACUGAGAAGAAAAUUGAAAGAAGAACGUAGGCUGAACGAGGAAUUGAGAGAUAUGGUGCAGAGCUUACAAAAGGAAUUGGAGCUGAAGGAUGCCUCUGUGCAACGUUCGCAGGACGACAGUGAUAUCGAAGAUAUGGUCCAGCGAGAACUGAAUCUUUCUGCGCGAUUGGAUAAACAAAUUAUGCAGGUAAUUAAGGACGACGAGGUUGUGGACGGAGUAGUAACGGAGAAUUAUCAUCAAAGAACUAAUGAAGUACGCAAGGACAACGAGUUAUUGAGGAAAUUAAAGGAUGACUUGGAAGUCGAACGAGAUAUAAUGAGACAUCAAAUCGUUGAGUACGAGGCUCGUAUUUUGCAACUGAAGACGGAUAUGACGGAAGAGAUGAAGAAAAUGGUCAAGCUGAAUAAGGAACUUCUCUCAGAAAGAGAUGUAGUGAAAUUCUUGAGAAUGGAGAUAGAGCAACAUCGUCGGAUGGCGGAAGUAGGGCGAAUACAGGAUACUGAGUUGAUCGAAUUUCUACAAGCAAAAUUGAAAGCCUCUCUGGAGAACGAGGAAAAGCUUCGUAAUGAUCUAGCGUCGAUGAGACAACAGCAAAUUAAUUUGGAUUCACAGUUGACGUCCAUGAGGAAAUCGAUAGAAAUCGAAAACAUCAAUCGAAAUUUUGCUGGAACCGUGGAAAAUGAAUCGGAGAGAACGAGCGAAAAUCUUGAAGAAAGUCGAAAGCAAAAUGCACAACUAAAAGAGAAUAUAAAGAAACUAGAGAACGAAACGAGUAAGUAUAAGGAGCAGUUAGAGAUCGGAACGGAGGAACAAGAAAGACUAAUCAGCAGCCUGGCAUUAACCAAUGGACUGAAAGAAAUCCUAGAGACAGAUCUGCGGAGAACUGCAGAGGAACUGAAAGCACGAGAAGAGCACUGUAAUUAUCUGCAAGAGCAAGUGAAGAUGUUGACUGAAAACAUGAAGCAAGGUCAACAAAAAGCUGAACUGGAUGAAAUCAAAGAAUUGCGCAGAGAGAUCAAGGAUGCUCGAGAAAUCAGAAUAGAGCUAGAGGCCGAUAUAAAUCGUGCAAAAAUGGAAUUAAAGGAAUCUUCAACUCGAGAGCUGAAGCUUGCGCGCAUAGUGGAUUCCUUGAAAGAGCGAGAGUCGGAGCUCAAUAUGAGACUAGCAAUUUCAAAAGAAAAAGAGAGAAAAUUUAAGGAUUUAAUUGAAAAUGCUAAGGAUGUCCCUACGAAUUUUCUGCAAAAAAUUAAAGAAUUAAGCGAGACAAUUGAGAAAUACGCUAUUGAGAAUAGUAAUCUCGAGGAUAAAAUCGGCAGAGUGAGGGCAGAUAGGGAACUAUCGAUGCAACGUGUAAAGUUGCUUGAGGGACAGGUGAAAAAACUGAAAAAUACACAGACUUUGAGCCAGCAGACAAUUCCUAUCGAGAGGUUACAAAACUUCUACGGCAAAUAUUUACGAGUGGAAAGUAGACGGAAAGCGUUGGCUUAUCAAAAGAAGUACCUGUUAUGCAUUGUCGGCAGCUAUCAGUACUGCGAGGAAAACACGUUAUGCGUACUUGCGCAAUUGACUCAAGAUCAACGCUCUUACGCGCGAUUGUCUCGCAACAGGAAGGUGCGUUUCAGGAUCGCCGUGUUUGCGAUAAUCAGUAUACAUAGGAUGAAGUGGUUGAUUCAACGCUGGCGAACGGGGAAACGCGUGGGUGCUAAUGCUAUCAUGGGUAGUGUCGAUCAGUUGAUUGAUUUGCCAUCUGUCCGAAAAACACCAUCAAAUCAUUCUCCACCCGUAAAAGAAAGGACGACAAAUGGAGGUAGCAGUUUUACGCUCGGGCAGUAUUACCAAGAUGUAAGAAAUUUCCAAGAGACACUUGGCGCAGUUAUGGCAGAGUCUGGUACUAGUCAUAUUAUCUCAGAAUAACAUUAUAUAUAUAUUUUUUAGAAUUUGUAGAAGUUUAGCUGUACAGUGUUAAUAUUAUGAAUACUUGUUCAAUCAAAUAAUUGUUCGAUCAAGUAGUAUAUCAUACAGUUCGCGUUUUUUAAAAUGAC